AUGGCCAGGCAUGCGGAUGUGGAACACACACACACACACACACACACACACCUGAGAGAGCUGGACCUCAGCUACAAUCACCCAGGAGGCUCAGGAGUGAGAGUGCUGUCUGCUGCUAAACUGGACACACUCACACUGCUUGUGGACCAUGGAGGAGAGAACAGGACCAAACCAGGACCUAGGAAAUACGGCUGUCAGCUCACACUGGAUCCAAACACAGCGCACAGAGGGCUGUCUCUGUCUGAGGGGAACAGGAAGGUGACACACACACCGGGGAGAAAGGAACCAUAUCCUGAUCAUCCAGAGAGAUUUGAGUACGAACCCCAGGUUGUGUGCAGAGAGAGUGUGUGUGAGCGCUGUUACUGGGAGGCUGAGUUCAGUGUGUCUGAGGGGGGACAGGUUCAUAUAGCAGUGACAUAUAAAAGAAUCAGCAGGAAAGGACUGGAUUCUGACUGUAGGUUUGGAUGGAAUAAAAACUCCUGGAGUCUGGGGUGCAGUAAACUCAGAGACUCUGAUAAACUCAGAUACUCUGUCUGGCACAAUAUGAACGAAACACACAUACCUGCCCCCCCCUCCCCCUACCGCAGAGCAGGAGUGUGUGAUGAUGAUGAUGGUAGAGGAGUGUGUGUGUACAGGGUAGGAGUGUGUGUGGACCGUCCGGCCGGCACUCUGUCCUUCUACAGCGUCUCUGACUCUGACACACUGACCCUCCUGCACAGAUUCCACACACACUUCACUCAACACACACCCCUCUGUGCUGGAUUUACAUUGUGCAGAUCCUCAGUGUCCCUCUGCUAACUGGAAUAGAGACACACACACAUACACACACAAACAUGCACGUGCACACACACGCAUACACACACACACACGCACGUGGGCGCACACACAAACAUGCACACACAUGCACGCACACACAAACAUGCACAUGCACACACGCAUACACACACACACACGUGCGCAUACACACUCGCAUGCAUGCACGCACACACACACUCUCACGUACACACACACACACCACAUUCACAUACCCACUCACACACACACACACCACACACACUCAUAUACACAUACACACACACUCACACAUACACACUCAGAUACACAUAGACACACACACCAACACCAACACACACACAUCCACAGACACACACAUACUCUCACACACACCCUUGCUCUCACACUCACACACACGCACUCACACACCCACACAAGCACACACACUCACACACUUACACACACAUACACACUUUCUCACACCAAAUCACUCACACCCCCAAUCACACACAUGCACACACACACCUACACACGGACACACACAAUCUCUCGCACACACAAACACACACAUUCACCAGUGCACUCUCACGCGCACACACACAUGCAUGCAUACGUACACACGCUCAUAACCGUAUGCACACACACACACACUCUCUCUCUCUCUCAUGCUCAGUCACUCACACACACACACCCUCUCUCUCACACACACUCACAUCCACACACAUUCACACAAAUGCACGCACACACACACAAACUCAUGCACUCACGCACACACACAUACAUGCGUGCAGAGACACAAACACGUGUCAACACACACACUCCUCAGUGUCCCUCUGCUAACUGGAGUAGAGACACACACACAUGCGCGCACACACAAACAUGCACACACACGCAUACACACACACACAUGUGCGCAUACACACUCGAACGCAUGCACACACACACACUAUAUAUAUAUAUAUAUAUUUACACAGUCAUAUACACAUACACACUCACACUCAAUCACACACUCACACACAUAUAUAAACACAAACACUCAUAUACACCUAGACCCUCACACACACACACAUACACACACACACUCACACAUAUAUAUACGUACACUCAUAUGCACCUAGACCCACAUACUCGCACUCACACACCUACACACACUCUCGCACACCCAGUUACACGCACACACACCGUCUCUCUCUCACAUACACUCCAUCACACACACACAUACUCUCACACACACCCUUUCUCUCUCAGUCAUGCACAUGCACUCACAAAUACACACACUCAUGUUUACUCAUGCACACGCACUCACACACCUACGCACACAUACUCUCUCACACCCAGUCACUCACACACACCUACACACGGACACACACAAUCUCACGCACACACACACACACACGCAUGCAAACAUACACACGCUCAUACCCGUAUGCACACACACACACUCUUUCUCUCACUCACACACUCACAUACAGUAUACAGACACACACAUUCGCAAACGCACGCACACACACACUCAUGCACUCACGCACAAACACAAACGUGUCAACACACACACAUUCUCAUUCCCAUACGCACGCACACACAUGUAUACACGCACAUUCUAUUACCUAUACGCACACACACACAUACUCAUGCACUCACACAUGCACACACAUGCAUACACUUGCAUGCGUGCACACACCAUAUACACAUGUACACAAACAUUCUCAUACCCAUACAUACACACACACACACACGUAUAAACACACACACAUUCACAAAGGCACUCUCACGCGCACACACAUACACGCGCACACACUCAAAUACACAGUCUCACACACAUUCACACAAACACACACACACACACUUUCUCUUACCCAUACACACACGCACCUGUGUGCACACAUACUCAUGCACUCAAUCAUACUCUCACACAUGCACACACACACACACUUUCUCUUACCCAUACACACACGCAACCCGGGCACACACACACACACGCAUACUCACGCACUCACACACAUGUUCACAUCAACAGUCACUCCCACAAACGUACGCAUGCACACACACAUUCACAACUGCACACGCACAGAAACACACUCUCACCCAAUCACACACACGUCGACACACUUGCAACCUUCCUUGACCAAUGCCUUACAACUGCAAUUUCAGCUGUGCCCAGUAUUAGCCUCAAUACAGCUUUUAAACCCUGUACAUGAGAGUAUGAUCUUUUAGCAGGUUCAGGUUAAGCACUUGCUAUUUAAAUAUGAUGAUUUUUUAAAAUUUUUAUUACAUUUUAAUAAAUUUAUAUUUCAAAUGUUCAAGGUGUGUUUAUAUACUUUUGAUUAUUAAAACAUUAAUAUAACAUUAAGUGUAAUAAUGGCAAAAGAUGGCAGGGUAAAAUGUUUUUGAAGUAAUAACUCUGUCUCCAGUAUCUGCAUCUUUGUAUAAAAGAAGCCAGUGGCAAACUCCUCCAGUUAACUGCAUUUUACUAGUUUUUACAGUUGCUUUCAUUCAUUUUCACAAGUUCCAAUGUGCAAAUUUCUGUGGGCAAAUGCAGAAUGAUCACUGCAGUGUACUUGUUUCUUUUCUGUAAACAAUGAUGAGUUGAGUUUCCUCAUUUAUUGGGUCAGGAUUGUUUUUAUUUAUUUUUUAUAAUCUGUUGCUUUAAUUUUCUGUAUUUUCAGACAACAAUCUUCGAUGAUUAAACCUGAAUUAUAAAAA